UCAAGAACGUGGGGGGACUCGGCGACAGUUACAGAGCAGACGACUAAGCCAAGCCCGGGAAGGAGUCACGGCAGAGAAGAAAUAAACGGGGAAGAAGAUGGCCGCCAUUAACAGACCUCCAAGUUUCAUCGCCAACGACAACGCAUUAUCUGUAAUUGCUUCAUCGUCAUCUUCUUCGUUGCCAAGGUUUUCUACUGUUUCCCCUUUAAUUUUCGCCAAAUUCCCGCCACGUCCCCGCCCUCUUACCUCAUCUUCCCUGCCGAGAAGACCCCUGCUCUGUUCCAAGCCUUCUGGAGAAGCGGAGCUCUCCGGCACGGGGGACGAGUGGCUGGAGAGGCUGCCGGACAAGAAGAAGCCGCUGUACGCUCACAGCUUGCCCUGCAUUGAGGCCUGGCUAAGGAGUCUAGGGUUUUACCAGAGCAAAGACGAUAGGGCACUUUGGUUCGUGGAAAACCCUGAUUGGCAUGCUCAGCUAUCUCUCGAUGUCACUGAUCUAUACAUAAGGUACCUUAAGAGCGGACCUGCAAUACUCGAGAAAGAUGUGGAGAGAAGAUUCAGUUACGCGCUCAGCAGAGAAGAUAUCGAAAAUGCCAUACUCGGAGGUCCAUAAGAACAGCUUGAAGCCAAUCUGAAAUAUACUGUCAUUCCAAGGAUUAUUAAUCCCAGGCACAGCCUCACUUAACUGCACAUUACUCAUUACAGAAGCCUAUUCAGAGACUGGUAUGAGUGAUAUCACACCCAAAACACAUGCAUAUACUUUGGCAGAGAAGUUUGGGCUAUUAUGAUUUGUGUAGAGAUGAACAUUGGUUUAGGUUUUAGUAAUGCAAUAAGAUGUAUGAUGUGACAAUAAUGAUAUGAUAGUCUAUGAAGUAAUUUUUUUUUAAAGAAAAA